AAUAGCCUUGAUCUCCGAAAAAUGACGCGCCAGAUGUCUUUGUAAUUAUGUUUUUCUGAUCAGUGACUUGGUUCAGAGAAUGAUGCUACUCUUGUUUAGUGCCAGAGAAGUCUCUUCUUUCUCAAUCACACUGCAAUUUGGUAAAUUUUCCUUAUGAAGUGGAGAAAUUGGAGAUCAGUGCCUCCGAGCUUUGUACAAGGGCACAUGAACAAUCAUAUUUGGUGGUCUGAACUUAGAUUUAAACAUUUCUGCAUCCAUGGUUAUUGACUCUUCUCUGCAAGCUUGGGCUAGACUGUUACAGCCUUUCUCAUUUGUCAUCGGGAUAUAAACGGUCAUCUCUGUUCUUACUUGUAUAUGUAUUUGUUCGCAUAUAGUUGAGUUUUUGUACAAGCUGGUGGUGAGUUUGUGUUUCUUCCAGUGUUAAAGCUUGUGUGUUUCUAUAUUCGGAAUUUGAGUACUAUGCUGGCUUUAACUUGGCUAUCUUUUUACAUUUCAGUCUUCGUUUGAUAAUUAGCAUCCACUUUUGUCUGUUCCUUUGAGUUUUCUGGGUGUUUCAGGUAGAGAAAGCCUAUAAGUGUGUGGCACACUGAGAGGUUCACGUACUUCCUUUCAGCCUUGGGAUAAAACUGGUCAUAUAUCUAUUACUCUUUGCUCAGCUUUGGGUUGAACAAAACUGGUCAAUUUAUUCUUACAUGUGUAUUUGUGUUAUGGAUGGAUAGAUGUCCACUGAUAAUGUGCCUUGCUAGUGUCUGUUAAUUUUGAGAUUUCAUUUGGUUCUUGCUGGUCUCGAUCUUAGAGGUUGCUGUACUUACAUGCUUUGGAUGAGUUGUUUGGGUUUCAGCUACUAUUAUUCCAAUUCUCUUUUGGUUAUUUGCAUAGUUUUUUUUUAUGAGCUGUGAUGUUAAAAAUGAUAUAUGCUUUUUUAUCCAUUUUGCAGUGAGCUGAUAUCUGCUUAUCCGUAGAAAUUUGCGAUUUUUGAUUUUAUUAUAAAUUUCCAUUAUUUUUGAAAUUUGAUUGCAAGAAAUUAAGAAUUGAAUUGUGAACCUGUGUUUUCUGCAGCAUGUUUUGUCAGAAUAAUAUGCUCUUUCUUCAUAGCAUGGAGCGUUGAGUUUUGAUUUGGUGAUCUCUUCUAAAAUCUUUUAGUUUUCAAUAGUUCUUAUAGUUUUUGAAAGCAUAUAUUUUUCUUGAAUUUUUAUUUCCUCGUGUUGCAGGGAAGGUUAUUUGGGAACAGCGAUUCCUUCUCGUUUUAAUUUUCUCUUGUUUGAUAUUCAUCUUUUGUAUUCAUAUUCUUUCCUGACUUCUUUAUUCCGAGGUUUGAUUUGGUUCUGACUUUUAUUUUCAUACAUGUUAAAUUGAAAAUAUGUUGUUUUGUUGCAAUGUUGUGUGUUAAAAAACAAUAACAUUCAGUUUGGUUCCUUUCUUUUUAGCCGAUUUUUAUUAAUGUUCGAUUGAGAAGGUCACCCUUAGAAGUUGUUGCUAUCAAUACUACUUUUUUCAACAGUGCAAAGUUUAUGCGAUUCUAGAGAAGCUGGGAUAGCUUGAUGGGGCCUCUCUUUGUUAUGCUGCUGAUCUUCAACUUGAUUAGAGGAAUCAGGCUACUAUUCUUUCUCUCUUUGUUCUUUUUGUUGUAACCUAUUUGUUACGGCGUAAUUUUCUGUACAUUUUCAUCUGGUGUUAACAGGGUUAGUGUUACAUGGGUUUGGUGUACCACAAAUGCAACUUCCCUCAGUUCUUUUGAAUUUUGUGUUUGGGUGUUACAGCGGAGACAGACUAUGAAUAUUUAGUGUGCUGUGGUCUGUGGAAGCCAAAGGUUAACAUACUAUUUAUUCUGAACCGCUUGGUUUGGAGUUUAUUUGUUCUCGAAAUCUGCCAUUCUUUUUGUUAUCUGUGAUAUAUGAGAAUAAGAAUCUUUUCCCCCAAAUCUGUAUAUCUUUGUCACAGCAAGGAAUCAUAAAUUUAUGUCGUUGCACUUGGAGCAGCAAUCUGCAAUUAGCUAUGACUUAAUUCUGACUAUUCGGGGGAUGGGACUGCGAAAGCUAUGGCGAGAAAAAGAAGUUCUGCGAUAGUCUAUGAAUGUAAUGUGGGAUGGUAUAAGUUGUGGAAUCUGGGUAUAAGAAGAGCUUUAGAAUUUACGAUUCUUAUGUAUUACAAUAUCAACAAAUUCCUUGUAUCACUUUGGAAAAACUGGGAUUCUAGAGUUUUGGCCGGCUCUUACUAUUCCAAUGUUGGCGUCUUUGUUUGUGGGAGCUUUUCUAUACCACCUGUGAUAGCUGCACUGCGGAAGUUGCGGAUGAUAUUAUCAGAGGAUGAUGAGUUUUUGGCAGCCUGAGGAUUUCAAGUCUCAAUUUGCUUCCUGUUUAAAUGGUGUACGCUCUUUGUUAUAGCAGAAAGUACUCUAUUUAUUAUGCCGGAACCAUUUGUCCCGGUUGGCCUACUUGUCUCAUUUAGUUUUUUCGGAUAGUCCGGUGAGUAACUGAUGGUGAUCUGGUAACAUGAUCACAGGAUGUAGCAGUCUUUAGAAAACCAUUGGUUUGGGAGGGCAAAGAAUUAAGUUUGGAAGGGAUUUUUACUUUUCUUUUGUACCAUGGUAAGAGAAGGAACUAAGCUAUGUUAAGACAAGUUUUAUGUUUUUAAUGUAUCAUUGAUCAAUUUAUUUAUCCCAA